AUGGAUUCUUGGGCAGAAUCCCAGGGGCCGGCGCGCAAGAAGAUGCGAAAGGGAACCAAAAGUUGUACAGAAUGUCGGCGACGCAAGAUCCGAUGUACUUUUCACCCUGAUCGCCCCAGCGUUUGCAAUGAAUGUCGAUCCAGAGGCUUGAGUUGUGUUGACCAAGAGCAUACUGUCAUAACUCCUCCACUCUCGGGCUCAGGCUCCCAGCACGGUGAACAGCCGUAUAGUCUCCGAGAGCGAGUGACGCAAUUGGAGAAUAUCGUAGAUGGGUUGACUAAACGAUUAGACCGACAAAGCACAACAACACCACCUCAUGAACGCCAGGAGACAAAUUAUCCAGCGCAAUGUAUGACAACCCAGUCAAGGCCACCGUCUGCCCAGCUAGACGAAAUAGGCCCAUGCAGUGACCAGAUCCAGAACGCACCUGUUCUACAAUUGUUCGACAACUACCUCGUGAGCCGCCGGGAAGACCCAUCCAGCAAUGACAAGUUUGCCGGAAUCAGAGAUAUGUCACCCAAGGCACAAGCCGUGCGGGCAGAGCUGAUCGCUCUCCUUCCUCCCAAAGAAGACGUCAAUGAAAUCAUCAAUGCAUCCUUCCAUGGGUAUAUAUGGCAGGAUCACUUCCCUGACAUUUUCUUUCAAUGUGGAGACAGGCUUGUGAUCAAUGAAGGAUGUUGUGAUACCCUGGUGGCCCCCGCCGAAGUCGCGAAAGCCUUGAUGUGCCUUUGUAUUAGCGCAGCACAUGCACCGCCGGACUUUGAUUGGAGCAAGUUGAGUGUACCUCGUGACCCAGCUACCUUUCAUCAUCAGUUCAUGGACGCUGUCGACAGGACAAUUGUUCGCGAUGAUGAGUUUGCAGCCACUUUGCCCGGCAUAGAAGCUCAAAUGCUGCUCUCUAAAGUCUACCAGGCCGAAGGUCGGCUCCGAAAAGGCUGGUUAGUGAACCGUCGGGCAAUUGAAUUUGCUCAUCUGGCGGGAAUGCACCUGUCAACCAAGACACCAAGGCCGGGGGAUUCUUUGUUCGAUCGACGCCUCAAGCUUUGGUGUGCACUCGCUGUCUCGGAUCGGACACUGAGUCUAAUUCUCGGUUUACCUUAUGGAAUAGCGGAACAGUUCAUCUUGCCGCAAAUAGAGCAACGUCUCAAAUCAAACCUGACAGCCCCUGAAGAAUACUUGCUGCGCAUCGGCAUUUUGACCGGCCACAUGGUGGACCGUAAUCAGGAUCCAACUAGGAUGACACUGGAAAAAACCUUCCAACUGGAUCAAGAAUUGCAAGACUCUUGGAAGUGCAUGCCAGAUCGCUUCAAGGCCGCGGAACCCUUUUCAGACGAGAAGUGGGAACAUUAUAUCGAGAGGGUUCCAUUGCAAUUCAUGCUCAAAUUGAUGCGCGCCUUUCUCCAUCUUCCAUUGAUGUUGAAAUCUCCACUCGAUUCUCGGCUCUACCCUAGCCACGUCAUCGCACUUCAGUCCGCAAGAGAGGGCUUGGUAUUGUACAAAGUUCUCCGAUCCAACAACAAGCACUACAUGUGCAAGAUGCUCGAUUUUAUGGCCUUUACUCUCUGUCUGCUUUUAAUCAUUCACCUGGAAGGCUACUCAGAUGAAAUGCCUGACCACAGCAAAGAGCAAGAUGAAAAAGAUUGGGCGUUGGUCAAAGAUCUCCUUGACAUUCUACGUCUGGCAGCUAAAGAAACAGGAGGCUCCGUUGCAGCCGAAUCUGCCAACAUACUCGGUGCCAUCUUUGACACCAGGAAUUGUAAAAAGGACUGGUGCAACUUCUCAACCUGCAAAAUCACCGUGCCAUACUUUGGUACUAUCGCCGUAGGGGCAGGAACAAAAUUCUCCAAGGGCCCCAGGCACAAGGAACAAUCAUCCACUGGGACAGAGACUUGCUCAGGACAGUUCCCCAGCCAACUAUAUACACCGCCCAUGUCUGAUCAGGAAGUCUCAUCAAUCGCAAAUACCGAUGGCGCGAAUGGCCCUUCUCUCACACCGACCAUGGGCCCUGGGUAUCCAGACGAAUCCUGGCUUCCGCGAGGAGAAGUGCCCCAGAGUGACCAUCCACAUGUCGCCCAAGAGAUGAAUGCGUUCAGUGGACUGUUUGAUGACUUUGGCCAGUACAUGUGGCCGAACCCCAAUGUUGACCUUGGACUUGAUCAGGGCUGGGACCUGAACUGGCUCGAUGGAGUGCCGCCGUCAGGGGUUCCACCAUGCUAA